AUGCCAGUAGAAGAGCCUGUUUUAUUUGAUCCAAACCUUGUACAAAUUAGAGCAAGCUCAGAUGAACUUAAACAUAGAAUAGAAUCUUUCAUUCAAAGAAAACGUCAACAAGUGAAUUUAGUAAACGUACAAGAAUUCUGUUGUUACAGAGAGCAGUGUAAUGAAAAACAAAAUUCUUGUGCAAGAGUGGAUGCUAUUUUGAUUAGAAGAAAAGAUUCUAAAAGUCAUGUUAAAGUACAUAGGGUAUUGAAUGCAUGGGGACCUCAAACAGUUGACCAAUCAAGUCUGCAUAAAGCUACUAAUCAUACGACAAACCAGAGCAAUAAUAACUACUCUUCUGUAUUAGACGACCGAAUAUCUACUGCAGAAAAAAUGUUAGGCAUAAUAAAGCCUGUUUCUCGAGAUAUCUAUGAAAGACUUAAAAAUAUCGAAAAUAGGAUAUUAUUUUUAGAAGGAGUAUCUCCAGAGUAA